AUGUUGAGGGAUAUGCUAAAGGAGAGACGGAUUUCACCUGAGAUGCAGAGAGGAGAUUUCCUUGAUCAAAUCAACAUUGACAUGGAAAAGGAGAAAUUUUUGUCAGAGGAUUUUUCAGUUCAGCUGGUAUUUGGGGGCUUGUUUGCCACCUUUGAGUCUAUUUCUGCAGUAAUAGCAUUAGCUUUCAGUUUACUGGCAGAGCAUCCUUCAGUUGUACAAGAGUUGACGGCUGAGCAUGAGGCAAUUCUCAAAAACAGGGAAAAUCCAAAUUCCUCACUCACAUGGGACGAAUAUAAAUCCAUGACUUUCACUCUUCAGGUUAUCAAUGAAAUUCUUAGGCUGGGAAGUGUUGCCCCUGGCUUAUUACGUAGAGCUUUGAAAGAUAUCCCAGUAAAGGGAUUUACAAUUCCAGAAGGCUGGACCAUUAUGGUUGUCACCUCUGCACUUCAGUUAAGUCCCAACACAUUCGAGGAUCCCCUCGAGUUCAAUCCAUGGCGUUGGAAGGACCUUGACUCAUAUGCUGUGUCCAAGAACUUCAUGCCUUUUGGUGGAGGAAUGAGGCAAUGUGCAGGGGCAGAGUAUAGUAGGGUUUUCUUGGCCACCUUUCUCCAUGUCUUGGUCACCAAAUAUAGGUGGACAACAAUCAAAGCGGCAUGCAUUGCUCGAAACCCUAUUUUAGGAUUUGGGGAUGGAAUUCACAUAAAGUUCGAGGAGAAGAAAACCUGA